ACACUCUGAGUGAAGUUUACACGGCGAGGUGUCGAGGCAGAGAGUUGAAGCAGAGUGGCCCUGCGAGGAGUGAAGAAAAGCCAGAAGAAAUGGCACAGAAAAAUAACUUUCAGUGCUCAAUCAGACCAUACAUGGCCUCAGAUAGGGACUCAGUCAUCUCCUUAUUCCGGUUUGGCAUCCUGGAGCACGUCUACCCCGCCUUCUUCAAAGCCAUGAGCCACCCAGAUAAUGUGGGCAUCGCCCUCAGCUUCUCCAUGGCUGGCUAUGUGCUGGGCGGAAGUUCCUACAUCCUGGCCUUCUUAUUCGGUGGGGCGUGGGCCGCUUUGGUCUACUACUGCUGCCACGAGAUCUACGACGGCUAUCUCAGAAGGAAGCUGGAUAUGGAGAUGGCUGACAUCCAGGCUAACUUCCUGGAUAACCCCGUCAAUAGCUUCUGGGUGGCUGAGGUUGAAGUCGAUGGGCAGGACAAGCUUGCAGGACUAAUGGCAGUAAUGGGCAUGAAGUGUGGUCCAAUGAGUGACAUGUGUGAUGGCUGGAAUGGCGGCACAGUGGAUGUGGCAUCCCUUGAAGGCAGUGCAGGAGAAAUGUUCAAACUGGUCAUCUCCUUCCCGCUAAGGAGGAAGGGCCUGGGUACCCAACUGACAGAGAAAGCCAUUGAGUUCUGCAAGGAGCAAGGCCUCUCUCGACUGGUCAUAGAGACCACUUCUUCUCAUAUUGCGGCCAUCUCCAUGUUCCGCAAGCUGGGCUUCGUUCAGACCUCCAGCCACAGCAGCACACAUGCAAACCGCUGGAUCUCCAAACUGGCCAGGAUCAGUGUGAUACGCAUGGAGAAGUUUCUCUAAAGUGAAAGCUUUAGAGGAACUGUCAACUUUCAUGGUUCUUGAGUCUCAAACAGAUUGGUUCUUGGCGUGGACAUGCGGUUCUAGGAAAUAUCUGUAUUUGGCAUAAUUAUGUGGAGGUUCUUUAAACUCGCACAUCUCAUUUACAAACAAAUAACCUUAAUUGAAAGGUUUGUUAGGGCAGUGGUUCACUAGUCUCACAGGGCCAGAUGUGAUCUCCUAAGAAAAAUGCACAUCUGUGAACAGCUUGUUGAACUUCAGGUGUUGGACUGGGGCAAAAUCUGCUGCUAACAAAUGGGUCCAUCCCCUAUAAAACCCACCUCCACAUUCCACUAGCCCAUGCUCGUUUAAUAUCCGAAAUACCAUCAGUAAUACAAGUAAAAUAAGCCAAGUAGCACAAAGGCUAGUGGAAGUACACUCACUGGCCACUUUAUUAGGUACACCUUGCUAGUUUAAGGUUGGACCCCCUUUUGCUUUCAGAACUGCCU